AUGAUAGUGAGGAGUAUGAUCUUAUCAAUAGCCCUAAAAACGGUACUAAGAAAUAGGAGCGUACACACACACACACACACACACACACAAAGAGAUAUGACGAUGCUUAGCAAUAGCUUUAAAUUAGUUGGGAUCAACAAGUACCUAUUAAGAAGCUGGGAUAUGAAUUUGAAAUGGAACUGGUUAAAACUGUUACGAGGGGCAGGAUAUGUUCCUUUGAAAAUUUAUAGUCCUAGUUUGAUCUAUUGCAGAGAUCGGUUCAUCUCUUAUAAAUCGAGGUUCAUUAAAUCAAACUUUGUUGCAUCUAGAAUAGACAGUAAAGUUUGGUCAACCAACACCCCUAGACAAGGGGUUAAUAUUGUUAAUAAAUUGUUUUUGCAAAAUAAGUAUGGCAAUACUAAUGGCAAUAUUAUCAAUACGUUAUUGAAAUUUGCCCAACCCAAGGAGAAACCUCAAGACAUUUUCAAUAUGAUAAUUAAUCAACGAAUAGAUAAGACUAUUGGAUCAUAUAUAGAAUUCCGACCCAAAAUUAGGGGAAUGGAUGGGAUGGGAUUUUUAAAUCAAGAGAAUCUUGCAAAGAUGCGAGUUGAUGCAAGCAUGCAUUACGAAGAAUUUUGCAAGAUUAAUGAUUCCAUUGAACAAAUCUUUAAGCAAUAUGGAUCAUUACCCAUGAAAAAUGACGGGAAAAGAAUUUGCAUCUAUUUCCCCAAUUUAUUUAGUGAUGAAGUAGAAAGGUUAAUGAUCGAUAUUGGAAUAGAAGAGGGAGUUGUGUAUCCAAUGACAGAAGAAGUAUUAAGUACAAAUGGUAUUGAACCUAUUUUUUCAAACACAACCAACUUUUCACCUAUUUUAUCUAGUAGUAGUGGCAAUGGCAAUGGCAAUGGCAAUGGCAACAGCAUUAGCAACAGCAUUAGCGGAUAUAUAUUUGUAUAA